AUGGACGAUAAGACGGAGACGGGAGAGGAUGCUGGUGGCGAUGUGGCUGAGGAUGAAGAGAUGACACCUCCUGAGAACUUCUCUCCUGUAUGUGGGUUGAUCUAUAGAUCGUCGUUUCCUAGGCCUGAGAACUUUGGCUUUCUCUCCAAGCUGAAGCUGAAGAGUAUAUUGAUGCUGAUACCCGAGGAGUACCCCACCGAGAACAUGGAGUUUGUCAAGAAGGAAGGGAUUAGGCUAUUCCAGGUUGGGAUGAGUGGUAAUAAGGAACCCUUUGUGCAUUUACCAGACGACGUGCUGUCCAAAGCGUUGGAGAUUGCCAUUGACCCUUCCAACCAUCCGUUGCUGAUCCACUGCAAUAGAGGUAAACACCGCACAGGGUGCCUUGUUGGAUGUAUAAGACGCCUACAGAACUGGUCGCUCACCAUGAUAUUCGAGGAGUAUCGAAGGUUUGCAGCUCCAAAGGCAAGGCCUUUGGACCUUCAGUUUAUAGAGAUGUACAACGAAGAGCAAGUCUCACGGAUUGCAUCGAGAAAGGGAUGGCUGCCACUACACUGGUGA